AUGCUUAUUCAAACAUUUGUAACACCUGCAGGCGUUCCCUCGCCUAGAGCAAUUAUCACCUUCAAAGCAAACUUGAGCUUUUGCCGCGCGGGUGAAGGCCUGGGGACAAACAAAAGGUGCCAAAAGAGGGCGGAGUCGGGGGGUCGGGUCAAGUCCCAAGCUCCUCAGACCUUCAUUCUGUCCCAACUUUGCUCUCCCGAGCGGUUGUCCAGUGUUCCCAUCUCACUCCAUUCGACCAUGUCCGCCGUCAAGAGAGACUUCGAGGAUUUCCACGGAGAAAUGUACGAAUCUUCGUACUUUCUCGAGAAUCCUCGAGUCCUCGAGACAGUCAAAGUCGAAUUCUCCGACAAUUUCCAAGAGCCGAUCGCUCAAGAAAUCGUGAGUUUUCUUUUUGAUUUUCAUUACUUUUUCGUGUAUUUCUUUUCUAAUUUUGAAAACUUCAAUUAUUUAUUUUCAGUCCGAGCACAAGAAGAAACGCCAAAACAAGCGUAAAAUCGUGGAGAGAAACGAAAUCGUGAAGGUUUGUUAUUUAUAAUUUUUUUGCAAUUAUAAACUUCUACGUGUUCAAUAAUUUUUGCUUUACGUAACUUAUUAUAUCAUUUCAUCAAAACUCUGACGCUUUUGCAAAUACUUCCACAUAUUUUCUUAAAAUCGUCUUCACUAAGAAAUUCGAAAAAAGGUUCUUUUUAUUUUAUUUGAAAGUACUUCUCAUAUUUUUUAACAGCUUUUUGUAGCAAUGGAACUAAUUUUUCAAUUUUCCAGGUAAACGAAGUCAAACGCAAUCGUCAAGGGAAAAACGGCCGGUGAAGAGUUCGAGGAGUUCUACCGUAACAUGUACGAAACAUCGCACAUGUACGGUCCCCUCGUCAAGAAACCAAAAGUGGAGAUCAACAGUAUCAAAAAGGUUUCUAUUCUCUUACUUUUUAAGAGCUAUUUUGAACUUUUCUGUUAAAACCACACAUAAAAAGUUGAAAGCGCGAAAAAUCUUGUGAAAAAACUUGAAUUUCAUCAUGAAAUUCCAGGAAAGCGACGUCGUGGAAAAGAAGAAGACGAAGGGCGAGGAAUUCGAGGAUUUCUACCGAAACAUGUACGAAACGUCGUACAUGUUCGCCGAGCCAGCCGUCAAAAAAAUCAACCGGAGUCGAACUCAAAGAAGUCAAGAAGGUUUAUUUUUUUUCAUUUGAAAAAAUUCUUCAUAAAAGUUCAAAAUUGCGAGCAGAGAUGUCAUUUUUGAACUAGUUUUUUUGAAAAAGUUGCAAAUAAUUUUUUUCUAUUAAUGCUGAAACAGUUAUUCUAGCUUUAUUUUUUUAGGAAACAGUGAAAAAAAUGAUAAAAUUUUUCCAAGUUUCUAUUUUAACAUCUUCUUCCAGGAACACGACGUCACCCAAAAGAAGAAGACGGCAGGCGAGGAAUUCGAGGAGUUCUACCGGAACAUGUACGAAACGUCGUACAUGUUCGCAGGACCAGGCGCCGUGAAACCAGUCGAAGUCGAACUCAAAGAAGUCAAGAAGGUUCUUUUUUUACUAUUUUUUGUAAAAUUUGAUGAUCUUCUGUUUCUUGAGAUGUGCUUCUCUAAAUCCUUAAAACCUUCAAUCCUAACUUGUGAUUUCAGGAAAGCGACGCCAGCGAAGAAGAGGAGCCGAAGGAGGAUUUCGAGACGUUCUACCGGAACAUGUACGAAUCUUCGUACAUGUUCCGGGAGCCCGCCGUCAGGAAUCCAGAAGCAGUCGAGUUCGUCAAGAGAUUUACAAACCGCAAUACUAGACAUGUGAGUUGCCCUCUUAAUAAUUUCACAAUCAAAUAUUCCUUUUCUAGGCAAAUCGUGACAAACUUCUCAAAGUGAAGGAAGUAGAGCAGGAGUUCGAAGAAGACCACGAUCUCCCUCUGGACGUAGAUCUCCCGCCAAUGUCCCCUGUCCCGCCCACUCCCGAGCCCAACCUUUGA